AUGGAUUACCGUCAAUACCAGACACAGGAUAACUCGAUGCUAUCGUCUUCACGAGGCAUGGCACGACUUAAUGGCAGUAAUCGCGCAGCUUGGAAUGCCAUGGACUUGGAAAUUGGGGCACAAGUCCCGCCUGCCAACGCACGUGGGGCUGAAGACGGUGGUGCUUUAUCUGCACGUAAUGUGCUGCUGCAUCAGAAACUGCGCGAGCGAAAACGCUUUGAUUCGGCGGACGAUGCGAUGAAAAAGGCAGCAGCUCGUGCCGCCAGUCGGUAUCAGUCUCAGUCUCAGUCAACGAAGACUACUCAGGCUUCACCACGGAAUCAAAUGUCCACUCAAGCUCUGCCUGUCCAGGAGAAUACAUGUCAACGUCCUUAUUCUCCAGCUCAAAUUGGUCAAUCGGCAUUUUUUAAUGCUAUGCAAGGUGACAGUGUGAAAAGUACUCGAAAUAUACAAAGUAACACUCCUGCGGCAAUGAAUGAACCAUUAGGAGGCGCUCAGGAAGCUCGAAAUGUGCUCAUUCAACGCAAACUUCAGAGCAAAACAACAUUUGAUUCGGCAGAUUAUCAAAUGGCCAAGGGGCGACAACAAUCGACUGAGCAUAUGGAGGAUACGCCCAUGCAAGACGUGAGUGGAGUGAAUGAGCCAGUGAGCUCACCAUGCGCAACGUCGGUAGCGAAUGGAAGUCGACGUCAGUUUGCUAAUAUGAGUCCUAGUCGUGCGAGUAAAUACGGAUCAUUGGAGAGUAGAAAGAAGCCUAAUCGACGUGAUUUGUUGGACAAGCAACAGAACGAAGAUGAUGCAACGAAUCUUGAGCCGCAACAUACCGGAGCUUCUGAUUAUGGCAAAUUGUCGGCGGCUCACGUGCUCAUUCGACGUAAAUUAAAGGAAAGAAAACGUUUUGACUCAGCAGACUAUGCGAUGGAGAAACAGGGUCAACCUACUGAUGUGCCUGCUGAUGUCAGCGCCAGUCGUGCCGACCUCGGAGCGACAGCAGCCCGUUAUGGUACAUUAGGGGCUUCUCAAGCCUCAAUUGACCAUCAAGUGAAACAUAUUAAGUUAUCUGAAGCUCCAAGUGGUCGUGUUGCUUCACCUGCAAAUCAAGUCAUUGCGAAUGCAGCUCAGGCUGCAAUGGCCGCUCGUGCUGCACGAUAUGCUGGAAUUAAAGGAUAUGGUCAAGCAAACCAGGUGAGAACCAAUGGCUCUCCACAGGCAACUUGCGAUCGUUACGGACUGGAUAAAAAUUCAGCGCCUUCACCUGCUGCAAUAGCUCGGAAUGUGGUAUUGCAACAAAAAUUAGCAGAGCGAAAAGCUUUUGACUCGGCUGAUUACUUUAACAAGGCUGCUUGA